UUAUCAAGUGGAGAAGAUCAUUAUCAUAACCAUUCGAGAAGAGAAAGGAGGGUGUGGAGGGAAACAGCUACGUUUCUGGUGAUUUAUUCAGCAUGGCGUCGGCUAGAGAAAGGAGACGGCGUGAUGCUCCUGAGAGUCCAAGCUCUGCAGUUCCCACUGCUCCGGAAUUGGCAAAUCCAGAUGAAUGGGCACCAUCAUCCAGUGCAGCGUUCAAGCUCUUCUUGGUAGCAUGUCUGGUGUCUGCAAAGUACAGCAACAUAUCGGACGCUGAUGAGACGUUCAACUAUUGGGAACCGACCCACUUCUUAAUGUUCGGCUAUGGAUUCCAGACGUGGGAGUACUCGCCGCUGUAUGCUAUCCGCUCGUAUGCAUACAACGCCCUUCAUGCCGUGCCAGCGUUCGGCUUGCAUCUACUGUUUGAUAAGGUUCAGGUGUUCUACGGAGUGCGGGUGCUGCUUGGCGUGGCCUGUGCCCUAGCGGAAACUUACUUCUACCAUGGUGUGCUUUUGCGAUUCGGCUCGGUGGUUGCGCAGCUCUUGCUGGUGUUCCUGCUGUUUGGCAGUGGAAUGUUCAUCUCUUGCUGUGCGUUUCUACCCAGCUCGUUUGCAAUGAUUUUCACCAUGGUGGCCAUGGGUGCCUGGUUCAGAAAUGACAACAGGGUAGCUGUGUUUGCCAUUGCGGUGGCUAGUUGCCUUGGCUGGCCUUUUGCUGCUGCGGUUGGCAUUCCGAUUGCAAUCGAUAUCACGUAUCGACUUGGCGUGAAGGAGUUUGCAAUCUACGCUGGUGUCAGCGGGCUGAUGGUCAUGGUACCACAAAUCGCUUUGGAUUCGUUCCUGUACCGCCGUCUUGUCAUUGCACCACUAAACAUUGUACUGUACAACGUGUUUGGACAAGGAGGUCCUGACCUCUACGGCGUGGAGCCGUUUUCUUUCUACUUCAAGAACGCCUUUCUCAAUCUGAAUAUAGCAUUUAUUCUCGCCCUGCUGGUGCUUCCCAUGUGGGUUGUGCGCACAGCUGUGCUGCGACAGCGUGAUGCCCUAUCCUGGCGUGGCACACACAGGGCACCGCUCUGGCUGGCACUGCUGCCCAUGUACGUGUGGAUGCUCAUCUUCUUCACGCGACCUCACAAGGAAGAACGCUUUCUUUUCCCUAUCUACCCACUGAUCUGCAUGUCAGCAGCUGUCACACUGGCGAUAGUACAGGAGCUGCUAACGGCUGUUCUGGUCAAGUACCGGCGCUUCCAUCUUGGCAACUACAUUGUAAUUCCAGCCAUUCUCCUGACCAUUGUGUACACGUUCUUGGGUGUAACUCGGUCGGUAGCUUUGUACAAAGGCUAUCAUGCUCCACUGGCUGUGUACAAUGAACUGCAUAGUCAUGCAGUUAACCACUCGUUACGCUACCCAUCUGGAAUGUACAAUGUCUGUGUUGGCAAGGAGUGGUAUCGCUUUCCUAGCAACUUCUUCCUCCCAGACAGGAGGUGGCAGUUGCAGUUUGUGCGCUCCGAGUUCCGUGGCCAGCUACCACAGCCGUACCAGCGUUCGUGGAAUGCAACCUUUGUGAUACCAUCUCAUAUGAACGACAUGAACCGAGAGGAGACCAGCAGAUACGUACCUGAAGAUGACUGCGAUUACAUUGUUGAUGUUGACUCUCCGGUAGCAACGCACAGAGAGCCGCGCUACAGCGAGAUAAAGUCAAAGUGGAAAGUUCUAUUUUCGCAGAAGUUUCUGGAUGCGUCUCGCUCCAACGCACUGUUUCGUUCCUUCUACAUCCCGUUCUAUUCUGAAAUGGAAACUGAGUUUCUUUCCUAUAACGUCCUGCAACGAGUUGAGCGUCGCAAGCGGACCAAGAAGUAGCCAUCAUUCUAGUCUUGGUCUGGUUCGGUACGUUUUACCAUGCACUGUUCCUCUCUGCGCUUACUUCUCCUGUUUUCCUGUUUGAUUCGGUUUGAGGUAACGGACCUACUAGUGACUGUAACUCACCAGCAUGACAGUGCAAUGUGAAUAGUAGAUGCUCUGCAGAGUGGGUAUGGCUGCUGCCAUCUCUCGGCUCUUGAAACAAGAUAGACAUUCUACUGUGACUAUCAUGCAGGUAUAAUUAUACGCAUGCGUGCGAGACAGCUAGCCACCGGGAGAUUGUGUGCCGGUAUGUAUACGACUCUGGCCAUGCAAAGAAAGCAAAGCGAGACUUUCUUGCAACUCAAGUUUGACUUUGGCCAUGUUCGAUUAUAACAGCCACUUCUACUGGAAGUAGCAGUAUUCGUUCUCCGGUUUCCCUCUAGACCGACACACUAUUUAUGACAUUUCUUAGCUCAUACAAUCACAUGGUUUUUUUUUAGCAUUCUAGCACGGUCUAGUCGUGCUGCAUGCAUCAUGUCUUAACGUUAGCUUCCUGCACUUCUUUACUGCCUUGGAUGCUGCUUUCUGAUUUGAAUUGAGCCAUUUCCUAUUUUUUAAAUUACAUGCUUGACUCAUGGUACCAGUACCUGAACUGGCAGUGCAAUUAUCAGGCUUCUGCUUAACCAUCUCCAGUGGUUUUGUGCAGUGUUUA